AUGAUGACCACCCGCCUAUCUACCAUCACCAAUAACAUACAAGGCAAUGACCAUGCCUUUGGAGAGUCUAUGAAGGAGCAUCGACGGUCUCUUAUUCGAUCCACCAUUCUUCCUGAGCUCCUGUCCAAGAAGACUGUGCAGCUCUUGUUGAAAAACGCCAAGGCCCCUGAAGUUUCGGAAACGCUGCAGAAAGAGCUUGAAAGGCAGGCAGAGAAUGCAGUUCUGAUGUAUUCCUAUCCUUUUAGUGUCAGAUUCGAAGGAAUUGGGCAUAUGCCAUCCGAGUAUGUCGAUCUCCCUGAGAGCGUGCGGACCGAGUACAAGCAUUACUUCAAGGGAAGCGAUGACUCGCCAUUGCACGGGAAGAAAGUACUGGGAAUCAAGCAGCCCGCUAUUUAUCGACAAGGGGUGCUCGGCUAUCCGAACAAUGAGGUGCUCAUUUCACCAGGACGGAUCAUUAUCGAUUGGAAUUACCGGGAUGGUCGUCAUUUAGGACAGUAG